GAGCCUGUGCGCCCCCCGGGACCCGAGGACCGCUCUCCCGCUGGAGUUUCACCCCCGAGCUCGUCGCCUGCUGCAUCCCGACCCACGCCGGGCUUCGGGACAGCACAGACCGAGGAGGAGCCUUGCCAUUCAAGUGGCUGCUGCAGCAGCACAGCAGGGAGCCUAGCCCCGCCGCAGCGCCCUGCCUGCUGAGCCCCCCGUGGGCUGAGGCCCUGCCGGCGGUCCAUGCUCCUGGAGGAAGUGUGCAGAUGGGAUUAACGUCCACAUGGAGAUAUGGAAGAGGACUGGGGAUUGGCACCGUAACCAUGGUCAACUGGGGUCGGUUCAUCUGCCUGGUCGUGGUCACCAUGGCAACCUUGUCCCGGGCCCGGCCCUCCUUCAAUUUAGUUGAGGAUACCACGAUAGAGCCGGAAGAGCCACCAACCAAAUACCAAAUCUCCCAGCCAGAAGUGUACGUGGCCGCGCCAGGGGAGCCGCUAGAGCUGCGCUGCCUGUUGAGAGAUGCCGCCACCAUCAGUUGGACUAAGGACGGGGUUCACUUGGGGCCCAACAAUAGGACAGUGCUUAUUGGGGAGUACUUGCAGGUGAAAGGUGCCACGCCUAGAGACUCCGGCCUCUAUGCUUGUACUGCCGCUAGGACUGUAGACAGUGAGACUUGGUACUUCAUGGUGAAUGUCACAGAUGCCAUCUCAUCCGGAGAUGACGAGGACGACACAGACGGCUCCGAGGACUUUGUCAGUGAGAACAGUAACAACAAGAGAGCACCGUACUGGACCAACACGGAGAAGAUGGAGAAGCGACUACAUGCGGUCCCUGCUGCCAACACGGUCAAGUUCCGCUGCCCAGCUGGGGGGAGCCCAACACCCACCAUGAGGUGGCUGAAGAACGGGAAGGAGUUUAAGCAGGAACACCGCAUUGGAGGCUACAAGGUACGAAACCAGCACUGGAGUCUUAUUAUGGAAAGCGUGGUCCCCUCCGACAAAGGGAAUUACACGUGUGUGGUAGAGAACGAGUACGGGUCCAUCAAUCACACCUACCACCUCGACGUCGUCGAGCGAUCCCCCCACCGGCCCAUCCUCCAGGCUGGACUGCCGGCGAACGCCUCCACGGUGGUUGGCGGGGAUGUGGAGUUCGUGUGCAAAGUGUACAGUGACGCCCAGCCCCACAUCCAGUGGAUCAAGCACGUCGAAAAGAACGGCAGUAAAUAUGGGCCCGACGGGCUGCCCUACCUCAAGGUUCUGAAGCACUCGGGGAUAAAUAGUUCCAAUGCAGAAGUGCUGGCUCUGUUCAAUGUGACUGAGGCGGACGCUGGGGAAUAUAUAUGUAAGGUCUCCAAUUAUAUAGGGCAGGCCAACCAGUCUGCCUGGCUCACUGUCCUGCCAAAACAGCAAGCUCCCGUAAGAGAGAAGGAGAUCACGGCUUCCCCAGAUUACCUGGAGAUAGCCAUUUACUGCGUAGGGGUCUUCCUCAUCGCCUGUAUGGUGGUGACAGUCAUCCUCUGCCGAAUGAAGACCACCACCAAGAAGCCAGACUUCAGCAGCCAACCCGCUGUGCACAAGCUGACCAAGCGCAUCCCCCUGCGGAGACAGGUAACAGUUUCUGCAGAGUCCAGCUCAUCCAUGAACUCCAAUACCCCGCUGGUGAGGAUAACGACACGUCUGUCCUCAGCGGCCGACACCCCGAUGCUGGCCGGGGUCUCUGAGUACGAGCUGCCAGAGGACCCAAAAUGGGAGUUCCCCAGAGACAAGCUGACGUUGGGCAAACCCCUGGGGGAAGGUUGCUUUGGGCAAGUGGUCAUGGCUGAAGCAGUGGGAAUCGACAAAGACAAGCCCAAGGAGGCGGUCACCGUGGCAGUGAAGAUGUUGAAAGAUGAUGCCACAGAGAAGGACCUGUCUGACCUGGUGUCGGAGAUGGAGAUGAUGAAGAUGAUGGGGAAGCACAAAAACAUCAUCAACCUUCUUGGAGCUUGCACGCAGGACGGGCCGCUCUAUGUCAUAGUUGAGUACGCUUCGAAAGGCAACCUCCGGGAGUACCUUCGAGCCCGCAGGCCCCCCGGCAUGGAAUAUUCCUAUGACAUUAACCGCGUGCCCGAGGAGCAGAUGACCUUCAAGGACUUGGUGUCGUGCACCUACCAACUGGCCAGAGGCAUGGAGUACUUGGCUUCCCAAAAAUGCAUUCAUCGAGAUUUAGCAGCCAGAAAUGUUUUGGUAACAGAAAAUAAUGUGAUGAAAAUAGCAGACUUUGGACUGGCCAGAGAUAUCAACAACAUAGACUAUUACAAGAAGACCACGAACGGGCGGCUUCCCGUCAAGUGGAUGGCUCCUGAGGCCCUUUUCGACAGAGUGUAUACACACCAGAGUGACGUCUGGUCCUUCGGGGUGUUAAUGUGGGAGAUCUUCACCUUAGGGGGCUCGCCCUACCCAGGGAUUCCCGUGGAGGAACUCUUUAAGCUGCUGAAGGAAGGACACAGGAUGGAUAAGCCAGCCAACUGCACCAAUGAGCUGUACAUGACGAUGAGGGAUUGCUGGCAUGCCGUGCCCUCGCAGAGACCCACGUUCAAGCAGUUGGUGGAGGACCUGGACCGGAUCCUCACUCUCACAACCAAUGAGGACUACUUGGACCUCAGUCAGCCUCUCGAGCAGUAUUCUCCUAGUUACCCCGACACAAGGAGCUCUUGUUCUUCAGGGGAUGACUCUGUGUUUUCUCCGGACCCUAUGCCUUACGAACCUUGUCUGCCUCAGUUUCCACACAUAAAUGGCAGCAUUAAAACAUGAACGAGUGUGUCUUCCUGUCCCCGCACAGGGCCGCGCCUGGAACCUACCUACACUGAGCAGACAGGCCUUCUCUCCCAGGGCCUGUUGUCUCCACUUGUAUAUAUGGAUCAGAGGAGUAAAUAAUUGGAAAAGGAAUCGGCACACGUGUAGAGAUUUAUACAGUUGAAAACCUGUCAUCUUCGCCAGAAGGGUGUUUUCUGGAGCAGUGAACAGCCACGAGCCACUGCCCCUCCUACCCCGACCCACUGUGGGUACUGACUGUGCCCCCUUGGACUCAAGGCAGACACAUUCUGCCUUCCUUGUUAAUUUUGUAAUAAUUGGAGAAAAUAUAUGUCAGCACACACUUACAGAGCACAAAUGCAGUAUAUAGGUGCUGGAUGUAUGUAAAUAUAUUCAAAUUAUGUAUAAAUAUAUAUUAUAUAUUUACAAGGAAUUAUUUUUUGUAUUGAUUUUAAAUGGAUGUCCCAAUGCACCUAGAAAAUUGGUCUCUCCUUUUUUUUUUUUUUUUUUUUUUAAUAGUUAUUUGCUAAAUGCUGUUCUUAUACAGAAUUUCUUAAUUUUCACCAAGCAGAGGUGGGAAAAAUACUUUUGCUUUCAGGGAAAAUGGUAUAACAUUAAUUUAUUAAUGAAUUGGUAAUAUACAAAAGCAAUUAAUCAUUUAUAGUUUUUUGGUAAUUUAAGUGGCAUUUCUAUGCGGGCAGCACAGUGGACUAGUUAAUCUAUUGCUUGGACUUAACUAGUUAUCAGAUCCUUUGAGAACAGAAAUAUUUACGAUAUAUGACUAACUUGGGGAAACAGAAGUUUUGAUUUAUUUGUGUUUAAACUCUGCUGUCAGAUGAUUUUAUGCUUAAACCACCUGAAUGCCCAUAUAACAGGAAGCUGUUCAUAGGAAGGUGUUUGGUGUUGGUAUGCAGCUCUGUCUGUGGCCAGUGCUGCUUUUAGCUGGCUUUCCCAAGACACAUAGUACCAGCGCCCUUGCUCAAAGAUGCCUUAAUCCAUUCCUCGAGGACAGACUUCAGCUGGAACCCUAGGACACGGGUUCUCUCUGGCAGCUGGCCUUCUGCCCCUGAGUCGCACAUUUGUCAGAUGAGCCUGCGUCCUCCUCAGUGCAUUUCGAUAAUGGCUUCCAGGUUCUUUGGCAUCAGAGAAGCCUUUUAGGAUCUUCAAAGAACCAUCAUAGAAAAUGGAAACACAGAAAUGCUCUGCUGAGAGUUGGGGGCUGCUUCCAUCUUCUUAAGGGCUUGCUUCCGUCUGCUGCUGACAAGACCUCACCUCAAGAUCCGGCCCAUCAGACAGAAUAGCUCCAUCUUGUUCAUUCUGUAUGAAAGUGUUGUGUUUUGCUUGGGAAACACCCACUCACUUUGUGAUAGCCAUGCAACAUGAAUGCAGAAGAACUGAUUUUAUGUGUUAUGAAAUUGGAGAAAGUAUUUAAUAAAACCUGUUAAUUUUUAUACUGACAAUAAAAAUGUUUCUACAGAUAUUAAUGUUAACAAGACAAAAUAAAUGUCACAC